AUGACAUCAAUUCGGGAUAUAGAGUUCAUGCGCCUGUUUUUCUUGUCACAAGAUAUAUCUCCAACCGUUAUCAGAAAAGUACUUAAACUUGAACUUUUAUCCAACUACAAUGAAAAUAUAGAGCAGUAUCUCAACAGUAAUGAUAAUAAACAUAUGUUUUAUCAUAGGUGGAAAAGAAAUGAACAAUGCUGUUUAUGUCCACCAACAGGAUGUAUCAAAUUAAAACGCAUCGAACAUCAGGUGUUUUACAAGUUAUACCAUGUCGACAGAAAAAAACAAAGUCAUUGUCCCCAAAAGGAAAAUAGUGCUGACCGUAUAACGCAAUUUUGUAUUCAUACGAUUACUGCAAAGAAUGGCAUAACACUUGAUGACUUCGAUUUAUAUAUGCUCAUAUGUCUACUUGAACCCUGCAUGUCUUCUUUAUUUCCCCAAACGAAAACACAUUUGGAAGUGAUAAGAAAGAUCAGGAAUGAUGUUUGCCAUAUAAAACCAACCGAUUGGAACGAAAAUGAAAUCAGUAAUAAGUGGUCUGAUCUUAAAACGGCUGUAGUAAAUCUUGAUACGUCACACGAUACUAUUGAUGCAAUACAGAAAUUAGAGAUGAAUCAAUUUGUUUUUAACGACAGUGAAGUUGACAGAUGGCUGACACAAAAUGAAAACAUUUACAGAGAUGAAAACGAUGCGAGUUCAGACGGCACGUGUACUAAUUUAUCAAGACUAAAAUGGUUUGCACACUUUUGCAGAACUAGUGCAAGGGAACAGUUUCAGUUAGAGAUAGCAACGUCUUGUGCGGACCUGGAGCAAACAGCUACAAGCAGUGUGUUCUGUAGAAUAGAAGUUCAAAAUUCAACUUAUUCCAGCUUGCAUACACCAACUUGCACAAUAGAAAAAGGUUUUAUUUCUAAACCUCCACAACUAUCGUUGAGUUUUCAGGAAAAAUGUUUUUUGCUUGCGCAUAACAGUCAUCUUUCUGGUACAAGAGGAGUAGUGUCUUGGGAAAUUGAAAACAAAGACUUUCGUGCUGCAAUCAUGUGGUCAAUUCCUUAUUCGUAUAAAUCAGGCAAAAGAAACAAAUUAUCUAUUGGUUUUAUAGACCAGCAUGAGACAAAUUUAUUUGUCCUGAAUCAACAAACCACGACGGAUGAAAUACAAAUUCGGCAGGCAAUAUACGACAGAGAGUGCAACUCGAUUCAAUGCAAAAGGGAAAAUUUGGAAAUCGUUGGCAUAAUGACAAAUGGGUAUAAAGCAGUCGUUUCUAUUAAAAUCAAAGAAAAAAGGACAAUUAUUUAAACUCUUUGUCUUGCAUCUGUUAUCGUUGAUUGCAUACAAGACUUAAAAAUAUUUAAACAUUGACCAUAAGUGUCGUUGGAGGACCAAAACGUACGAUAUAGAGGUGAAAUUUUUCGCACCCUUAUUUUACGUAGCAGUUAUUUAUCAUAAUUGAUUUUAAAAAAAGUAACGUCAAAUUCAAUGAACGUAUGACACCGCAGGUGAUGUCUAAAAAUAUUUAAUCUGAAACUGUCUUUAAAUGUAAAAUGCAAAAUAAG